CGCACGCGUAGGAGCCUGUGCCACAUUCGACUGUGGUUUUUAGGGCCUUUUUUGACUCCCGUGGCAUCCAAGGGACAGGCCGGCCUCGUAUCGGGCCUGGGGAAGACCACUCGGCCCAGGGGCAUCACACUUAAGCUGGAGACUCCGCUACCGAAGUGCCCCCUCCAGGACUGGCAUCACAGAGGCUGCUUCAGGGUCCUACCUGCCUCUCAAAGGAUAACAUCCAACAAUAGCCUCCCCAAGGAACUGAAGGCGGAUUAGCUUCCCAACCGGAGCCGACAUCUCCCUCUCGGCCUCUUCCUCCACUCACCCAACAUCUAACCCCGAUUCAGGCUGGACUGCCCCACCGAGAAGAUGACAGCCUAGGAGGUGGAACCAUGAACGUCCAGCUGAGCUUGGAGAAUGGUGGGGAGAUGGCCGUUCCAGAGCAGGACUUCAUGCCGGGCGACGCGCGUCCUCUGCACUCAGCACUGCAGAGGUCCUCGCUGGUGGCCUCCGUGCUGGAAGGGGGCGAAUGCCACCGGGCAGAGCACACCUUGGCCACCACCCUCCACCCCGGACUUGGCUUCGGCGGGGACUCGCCCACCUCCGGCGCAGGGAACAGCUACACCACCUUGACUCCCCUGCAGCCCCUUCACGAGAAGUUCCACCACCAGAACCACCACCACCACCAUCACCACCAAUGUCUGCCGAUGGGCAAUGUCAUCGGGAGCUUCACCCUCAUGAGGGAAGACCGAGGGCUGGGCGCCGGCGGGCAUUUCUACAGCCCCUACCACCACAAGGACCUGGGCAUGGGCCAGAGCCUGUCUUCGCUGCCUAGUCCGCAACUGGUCCCCAUGCACAAUUACGCGGGACACUCGGUCGCUCCCCUGGCCAACGAGAAGAUGGUGCUCGGCAACGGCUUUGAAGGCCACUCCGCCGCCAUGUUUGGCCGCAUGGACCAGCACUUCCAAAGAGAGAUGUCUCCCACCCAAAACUCCACCAUGGCCUCUCCCAACCCCAUGGGUCAAACCGGCUACGGCCACCCCCGGCCAGAGAUGAACGCUCGGCCCAACCCGCCCAUCGCCACCCAGACCACGGUCCUCUCCAGCCAGCUGGAGGAGAUCAACACCAAGGAAGUGGCCCAGCGCAUCAUCGCCGAGCUCAAGCGCUACAGCAUCCCGCAGGCCAUCUUCGCAGAGAGGGUCCUCUGCCGGUCCCAGGGGACCCUGUCCGAUCUCCUGAGGAACCCCAAGCCCUGGAGCAAGCUGAAGUCCGGGAGGGAGACCUUCAAGAGAAUGUGGCGGUGGCUUCAAGAGCCCGAAUUUCAGAGGAUGGCAGCUUUAAGGUUAGAAGCCUGCAAAAGAAAAGAGCAAGACCAAAGCAAAGUUGACCGCAACCACGUCCCCAAGCGCCACCGGCUGGUCUUCACGGACAUCCAGCGCCGGACCCUCCACGCCAUUUUUCACGAGAACCAAAGGCCUUCCAAGGACCUUCAGAUCACCAUCGCCCAACAGCUGGGCCUGGAGCUGUCCACCGUUAGCAACUUCUUCAUGAACGCCCGGCGGAGGAGUCUGGACAAAUGGAUGGAGGAAGGGAGGUCCCCCUCCGCCGGCUCGACCCCGUCCUCGGCGGUCACCUGCACCAAAGCGUGACCGCCGAGGCGCCGGACGGUCCCCUUUCUUGCACCAAAGAUGGAAGACGAGCACUUCAGCCAGGCAGGCACUAAACUGGCCAAAGGAGAAGAAGGGACGCCGUGUCUGAAUCCUGCUCUGGAGGAGUCACCACCCUCCUGUAAUUUUCGCCCAGGGGAGGGGGUCAAAGUGAGGGUGAGCCCCUUCUUCGACCGGACUCCCUGAAGGACCUUGAGAAGGACGGUCAAGGCUGCCUCCAAGAAGCUGUGGUUCCUUUGUUUCAUCCUACAAACUCUCCUGUGUGGGUCCCCA